AUGGCGUCCGAAACUAUGGUAGAAAAAAAUGGGAAGCUUUACCUGAAAAAUAUUCCAAAUGCUCCAGAAGAUAAUAGACCUUUGAGUGAAAGAAGUGAACUAGAGUAUGGUAAAUUGACAUCAAAUGAAUAUUUGUAUGUGUCCAAACAUCCAUUGGGAGAACCAUUACCAACUCCUAUAGAUGAUGAGCCACCUUAUGCUAUAUUAAUUGCUACUUAUAUCAAUUAUUUAAUUUUAAUUAUCAUUGGUCAUACUCGUGAUUUUUUCGGGAAGAUCUUUAAACCUAAAGAAUAUGAACAUUUGGUGGAAAAAGAUGGUUAUGCCCCGUGGUAUGAUGGGUUUGAAAGUUUUUAUGUUCGUAGAUUGAAAACUAGAAUCGAUGACUGUUUUGCUCGUCCUAUCCAUGGUGCUCCUGGUCGUUAUAUUAAAUGCUUCAAUCGUUUUAGAAGUGGGAAAACUGGCUAUUUAUAUGAUGGCACAUCCAAAGAAUGCCUUAAUUUAUCAUCGUACAAUUAUCUUGGAUUUGCUCAAUCGAGUGGUGUUUGUACUGAUUUUUCUGUUAAAUGUGUUGAUGAUUAUGGAACUUCUGGUUGCUCACCAAGACUUUAUUGUGGAACUACUGAUUUGCACCGUCAAUGUGAAGAGGUCAUUGCUGAUUUUGUUGGUAAAGAAGAUGCUAUUAUUGUCAGUCAAGGUUAUGGGACCAAUGCCAACUUAUUUGCAUCAAUUGCAGAUUCUAAAACUUUGGUUAUAUCCGAUGAGUUAAAUCAUGCAUCGAUUAGAUUUGGAAUUCGAUUAUCGGGGGCUUCAGUCAAAGUGUUUAAACAUAAUGAUAUGAAUGAUUUGGAAAACCUUAUACGUAAUCAAAUUGCUCAAGGUCAGCCCAAAACUCAUAGACCAUGGAGUAAAAUCAUUGUUGCUGUGGAAGGGUUAUAUUCAAUGGAAGGUAACAUGUGUAAUUUACCAGAGAUUGUUAGAAUUAAAGACAAGUAUAAAUGUUAUUUGUUUGUUGAUGAAGCACAUUCUAUUGGGGCAUUGGGACCUGACGGAAGAGGUAUUUGUGAUUAUUUUUCAGUUGACCCAGCUAGGGUUGAUGUAUUAAUGGGCACAUUGACCAAAUCGUUUGGUGCCACCGGUGGAUAUAUUGCUGGUGAUAAAACAUUGAUUGAAAAAUUGAGACUUAAUUACAUAAGUCAAAGUUAUUCGGAAGGAGUGCCACCACCGGUUUUAGGGCAAAUUAUUUCCUCUUUAAAAGUAAUCAAAGGUGAAUUAAAUCCUGGUGAAGGUAAAGAAAGAUUACAAAGAAUUGCAUUUAAUUCUCGUUAUUUAAGAUUGGGAUUGAAAAAAUUGGGAUUCAUUGUCUAUGGAGCUGACGAUUCUCCAGUGAUACCAUUUUUGUUGUUUGUGCCUUCUAAAAUGCCAGCGGUAUCUCGUAUGCUUUAUGACAUGGGUAUAGCAGUUGUUAUUGUUAGUUAUCCCGCGACCCCCUUAACCAGUGCGCGUGCCAGAUUAUGUGUCAGUUCGGCAUUGACCAAAGAAGAUUUAGAUUAUGUGUUGACGAAAAUUAGUGACAUUGGUGAUUUGGUGUUUUUGAAAUUCAGUAGUGGUAUUGCUGGUGGAUGCAAAGUCCCUGGCGAACCACCUCGGUGGUCAAUUGAAGACGUUUUAGCUACUAAUGUCGAAGAUUGUAAGAAACCAAAACUAAUGUAA